AUGAAGUUGACUACUGCUUUCGCUGUUUUGCCAUUCGCCCUGGUUGCUUCCGCAAGACAACAGGCCAACUACAUCGGCUGCUUCACCAGCUCGGGCUCGCUCGAAAACCAGGGCUCUUACACGUUCCAGACUGUGGGCUACUGCAUUAAUGUCUGCAACGGUGGAGAUUUCAAGUACGCCGCGGUUCAAAAGAACAACUGCCUUUGCGGCAACAACGUCCCGAAACAGGCCGAUAUGACCGACGACGGCCAAUGCAGCUCCCUCUGCCCUGGCUUCGCCCACGACAACUGCGGCGGUCGUGAUGCGUGGUCGGUGUAUUUUGGAGUCAAUGGAUCCAAGCCGGACUGGUUGUCGAGUAGUUCCGUUGCUGUAACAAGCACUUCUACUGAAUCUACCCCCACAACCUCCACAACCUCGGCUAUUACUUCGACCUCUACUUCUACCUCCUCGGAGCCUGCUAACUCGUCUUCUGUAUCUCUUACAUCUUCCGCCAAUGUAUCCACGAAAGCCCCUGCAUCCGCUUCAACCUCCAGCAUGGAGCCAACGCCCACCCCCAACAGCGCGAGCCGCCGUCUCAGUUUUAUGUUCUAA